CUAAUAUUGGCAACACCUGCUUCAUGAACUCUGCUCUGCAGUGCCUGCUGGGGCUGCCAGCAUUUUGCAGAGACAUCCUGAGACAGCAGAACAUCUGGAUUUCCUCCCCCUCCUCUAAACUGCUAUGCUGCUUUGCCAAGUUACAUCAGGCCAGGCUUUCUGGAGGCACUGUUAAUGCUAAGAACAAGGAAAAUAAGAAAAUCCUUCAAACAGUCAAGCGCUGUCUUUCCGUUGUCAAUGAGGACUAUGAGGAAGACUAUGAACAGGAUGCCCAUGAAUGUGUGUUGCUCCUCCUCCUUCAGCUGAAGGAGGAGGGUAUGGCAUUAAAGGGCUCACCAGAGCCAUACACCUGCCCCGUGAAGCAGUUAGAAUUCAAGCUGAAGACUUCCCGUACCUGCACCAGCUGUGGAGUUAUAGUGUAUGGUCAUGAGGAUUAUAAUCACCUGUCACUGAGCCUGAGCCAUUACCUGCCACACAGCCUGGACCUCUACUUUAAGCCAUCUGCGUUAGAGUGUGCAUGCAGGGUGUGCUCAGGCAGCACAGCAUCUGUGACUAGGCACUUCCUCACGCUGCCCCGGGUCCUAAUGCUUCAUAUCAAGCGUUUUACUGCAGGCGACUGGGAGCCAGAGAAGUUGGAUGAUCCCAUGUCCAUCCCUGCAGAAAUAACCCUCCCAGCCGUAUGUGGGAAGACAGCCCAUGUCCAGUAUGGAGCCAGGGCAAGCUCCCUGGGGAGAAACAACAUGGACAACACACCUGCAAACUCCCCGAAAGGCACCCUUGAUAGACCAGCUUCAAAUUCCUCUGACCAGCUAGAGAAACCAGCUGACAGUGAGAAAAAGCAGCAGGCAGCCGGUGUGAGACACCAGCCAGACAAUAUCUACAAAUUGUCAAGUGUGAUCUCACAUCUGGGAGACAACAUGUAUACAGGCCACUACAUCAGUGAUGUUUUGGACAGCCGUGGCAGUGGGUGGCUCUGCCUGGAUGACGCACAUGUCUUUAGGACAGAUGAGGCCACUGUGCUGAAGGAGAUUGCACAGACUGCCUACAUCCUGUUCUAUGUCUGCAGUGGAGCAGGUGAAGGAGACCAGGCCCCUCACUACCAGGAGAAGCACCAGGAGAACCCAUCAUUAAACUCAGGGAGAGGCACAGCGCUCAGGGACCACCUGGAGUAGCACGUACCACACACCAAGAAACAUCAGAUUAAUCGAAUUAGGCUGCCCUACACCACCAUCAACUGCCUUAGACCACCAUAAAGCUGCCUUAGACCACCAUCAGGCUGCCCAUCACCACCAUCAAGCUGCCCUACACCACCAUCAGACUGCCCUACUCCACCAUCAAGCUGCCCUAUGCCACCAUCAAGCUGCCCUAGACCACCAUCAAGUUGCCCUACACCACCAUCAAGCUGCCUUAGACCACCAUCAACUGCCUUAGACCACCAUCAAGCCUCCCUACACCACGAUCAAGCUGCCCUACACCACCAUCAGACUAUCCUAGACCACCAUCAAGCUGCCCUAGACCACCAUCAAGCUGCCCUAGACCACCAUCAAGCUGCCCUACACCACCAUCAAGCUGCCCUAGACCACCAUCAAGCCUCCCUACACCACCAUCAAGCUGCCCUACACCACCAUCAGACUAUCCUAGACCAUUAGGACAUCACACUGCCCUAAACCACCUAGACACCAAGCUGCCCUAGACCACCUGGACAUCAGGCUGCCCUAGACCACCAGAAGUAACAGCCUACACCACAAAGCAUGUACCCACUCUAGGCCAUCUACUGUAUGUUUACAAUUAUAUAAAUAUAAAACAUCUCACCGACCGAGUGCAAUUAAUGUUCUUUUACUGUA